UCAAAAACCCAACAAUCCAAACUUGCUCUUCCUCUCUUGAAACUUGAUAUUUCUGCAAAAUAUGGCUUAUGCUGUAUGCCAUUCACUCAUACAAACCAUAGACAGAAUCCUGAAUCUCGAUGAUAAAAAGUACCCUAUCUCCGUUGAAGGAAAGCGACAGAUUAAAGAUCUUCUUGCACGGAUCGAAACCAUCAAACAGUUCCUCGAAAAGUAUCCCAAGGAAGCAGCGAGUUUUGAAACAGCCGUCACGAACGCUGCCAACCAAGCCGAAGACGUGAUGGAGCAUUUCAUCUACGAGCACUACUGCUGGAACCUCCAGGCCGAUAAAAUGGCCGCUGUCGGCCGCCCACGCAAUCGUACAAAUAUUCUGUACGAUUUCCGUGAGCUGGACAGAGUGAUGGAGAAAAUAUCCCCCAUCGCUCAACAGAUGGCGGAGAUCCAACAAAAAGAGGAGGAUGAGCAGCAGCACGGUGUGCGUCCAGCAACGGCUACCUCGUCUGCCCCGGUGUCCCAGCCUGAUAUUGAUAUUGACACGGUUGGACUUGGGGAGUAUUUGAAGAAUAUUAAAGAUGUGCUCUGUGGACAACCGUCGUCCCAACGCCAGAUCGUCCCCCUCACGGGGAUAGGUGGGAUUGGGAAGACCACUCUGGCUAGAGCUGUUUAUAACGAUGAGGACGUCAUCAACGAGUUUCCUGUCCGAGCUUGGAUCGUUGUGUCUCAAAAGUAUAACACACAAAAUAUUUUUGGAGAACUCCUAUAUGCCUUGGAGAAACAAAUCCCUGACACUCUUGUGGACAAAAGUGAGACAAUGGAAAAUCAACUACACAGAAUCUUGACGUUGAAGAAGUACUUGAUCGUGGUGGAUGAUCUGUGGAGCGCACAGGCGUGGGACAACAUCAGGAAGGCGUUUGGCGACCCCAAGAAGUGUGACGGGAGUCGGAUUGUGAUCACCACCAGGGAUGAGACUGUGGCUAAAGAUGUCAGCUCUACUAGUACUCCUAUCAGGAUGGAGCUCAUGAGUCCUGAGAAUAGUUGGAGUCUGCUCAAGAAUAAGGCGUUUCCAGACAGAGAUCUAGCACCGGAUAUGAAAAAGAUCGCAUACGAUGUUGCAACCAGUUGUGGAGGAUUGCCCCUUGCGAUUGUGCUGAUUGGAGGUAUCUUAUCAAGCGCAGAGGCGAAUACAAAAGCAUGGGGUGAUAUUGCAAAAGACGUGAAAUCCGCGGUUGAGAAGGAUAAUGAGUUUGGAAAUAUAGUUGCCAUGAGUUACACAUAUUUACCUGUUCAUUUGAGGCCAUGUUUCUUAUACAUGGGUGGUUUUCCAGAAGAUCACGAGUUCCGGAUCUCGAAGCUUAUCAAGUUAUGGAUAGCUGAAGGAUUCGUUCGAGAUGAAAAUCAGGCUAAAGAUUACUUGUACAAGCUUGUGAGGAGAAAUCUGCCGUUGAUCACGGAUCUCAAGUUCAAUGGCGAAUUCAAAAGCUGCAACAUACCAAAUAUGGUCCGUGAUAUGGCCAAAUCACAGGCUCUAGAUGAGAACUAUGAGCGGCGGCUGACUAUUGGUUAUCCGGAUCUUAAGCGCCUUGCUAGAGCUUACGCCUCAACGCUGCGCUCGUGUUUGACCUUCCAGUCUAGUGAGAGCUCGUUAGCCGGACUUCGAAAGUUCAAGUUGCUGAGGGUGCUGGAUGUGGUGGACACUGACGCGUACUCACUCCCAGCUCCCGUGUUCGAGCUGUUUCAUUUGAGGUACCUUGCAUUCGGAUGUCCAAUGGAGGUUCCGCACGCCAUAUCAAGGCUUCAAAAUCUUCGCGUUUUGUUAGUUCAUCAUAGCAAGAGACUGAGGCAACACUCAAAGGACAACGUGGAUCUACCACAGGAGAUCUGGUUGUUGCCGCUUCUGACUCAUCUCGUCUCCUUUUUCGAUCUUCUGCCAGAUCCAGAAGGAGUAGCCUCUGCUCUGAAGGAGCUGCUCACACUGAAUGUGGUGAAGAAGCUGAUAUGUACAGAACAGAUAAUGGGAUUACUUUACAAUUUGAAGAAAUUGGCAAUCACUUAUUCUGGAGACAAAUACCCAAAUGAAGACUAUCAGCUCCACAAUCUUGUUCUCUUGACUCAACUUGAGAAGCUGACACUAGUUGUGAAGAAAGGCUCUCUUCUUCAGGUAAAAUCUAAGCCUGUUUUCCCGAAGACGCUGAAGAAGUUAACCUUAAGUGGUUGGAGAUUCCCUUGGGAAUAUAUGAAGGCAAUUGCUGCUCUGCCCGAGCUUCAAGUGCUCAAACUGACAGAUCAUGCCUUUGAAGGCGGUGCGUGGAGCACUUUUGACUAUGAGAACGAUUAUGACGAAGAGAGUGAUUAUGAAGAAGUGGAACUGUUUGUUAAACUGGAAUAUAUGCUAAUUCAGGAAUCUGAUUUGGAGGAUUGGGAGACUGAAAGUUAUCAUUUCCCAGCACUGAAGCGGCUAGUGCUCAAUCGUUGUGGUAAGCUGAAGAAGAUUUCGGAAGACAUGGGUAACAUUUUAGAACUUAAGCUGAUCGAGGUUGAUCGUACAAACGAAUCUCUUCUCGAGUGUGCCAGAAGGAUCCGUGACAAGCAGGAGGAGGACUAUGGCAGAGUCCUUAUAGUUCGGCAGAUAUAAGGUGUAUUGACAAGAAGCUGAGAUAUGGUGGAUAUGAAGAUCACAGAUUCGAAUCAAAGGUUUUAUGCUCUGCUCUGGAGAAGCAUCACCUUUGUGUUUUAUUGUGUCUUUUUUCCUUUUUUUGAUUUGUGUUUAUGUAUUUCUUGAUUUGGACAUGAAAUGUUGUCAUUCGGCAUAUUCUGGUAGUACUUAAAAAUGUUUGUUGAAAACACUCUAAAGGUCUUCAGACGUGUGAUUGUCGAUGAAAAUGACGUCUAAUCCUAAAUUGUAUGCCAUUCGGCUCU